AUGCUGGAUGUAGACGAGCUGCUCCGCCAUCCUUGCUUGCCCCGAGUGCUGAGACUGAUAAAUUUCGCAUUCAGGCGUGAUGACGGCGUUGCUGUCAACUCAGACGGUAAAAAGGGCCGGUUUAACUCCCCAGAGCAGAUCAUUCCGUGGAUUGGCAAGCAUGGCCGGAUAGCCAUCCUGUUCAGAUACAAGCCGAAAGAGAGCCGGCAGCAGCAGCAACCCAAUGGCCACACCAACGGCACAAAUGGUCAUGCCAUCGACAAUGGAUCCAACGGCAUCACUGCUCCAGCCGAUCAAGAGGAGCGUGAGGUCGAUCUCAACGAACCCAUUGCGACGGCGGUGAUAAAAUUCUUCAAGCCGAAUCUCGGCAUUCAGCCCAUCGAGGGAGAACUAGAUGGCGACAUCGAGAAGGGCAUCGGAUACGACCCGGAACCUGACGACUUGCUCGCCAUAAAACAUUGGGAGCCAGCUUGUGUAUCUGUCAUGCCGUUUGAUGACUCGCUGAAGGGUAAAGGGUUGGCUAUUCGCUGUGUACAGAUGCUAGAGGACGAUCUCUUAGAACGGAUAGAUGCUGCCGCACAACAGCGAGAGCAAGAAACGGGGAUGUCCAGGGAUACUUCGCCCUUGACCUUCUGGGUCAGAACCAGAACAGAUCUUACGGAGGCGUAUUGGAAGAGAAGAGGGUAUGAGGUUUUGAGCUGCAAAUGGUUUCCUGCUGGGUCCUGGGAAUAUGACCAUGAUUUCCAGAUAUCAGUCCUGACAAAGCCGGUUCCUCUGCUGAACCGGAGCAGCAUCAAGAACUAG